AUGGCGGGAUAUGUGCAAAAUGGUUUUCAUGAUGAGGCCUUGCUACUUUUUCACAAUGCUCAGUUGAUGGGCUUUGAUCAGGACCCAUAUAAUAUAUCAUCUGCUGUUAGUGCUUGUGCAGGCCUGGCAACUUUGGUUGAAGGGAAGCAAGUACAUGCCAUGUCACAUAAGUCUGGAUUUGGUUCAAACAUUUAUGUUGCUUCCUCCCUUAUAGACAUGUAUGCCAAAUGUGGCUGCAUAAGAGAAGCUUACCUUGUGUUUGAAGGUUUCGUGGAGGUUAGGAGCAUUGUUUUAUGGAAUGCGAUGAUUUCUGGGUUUGCUAGACAUGCUCUUGCACAGGAGGCUAUGAUCUUAUUUGAAAAAAUGCAGCAAAGAGGCUUCUUUCCUGAUGAUGUAACAUAUGUAUCUGUACUAAAUGCAUGCAGUCAUAUGGGUUUGUAUGAAGAAGGACAGAAGUAUUUUUAUCUUAUGAGGACUAAGCUAACUAAUUGCAAAGCCUCUUGUAGAAUUUAUGGCAAUAUUGAGUUUGCUGAGAUUGCCGCCAAGCAUCUGUUUGAAAUGGAGCCUAACAAUGCAGGAAACCACAUUUUGUUAGCAAAUAUAUAUGCAGCUAAUAAAAAGUCGGAUGAAGUUGCAAGAGCAAGGAAGCUUCUCAGAGAGACUGAUGUGAGGAAGGAGAGGGGUACAAGUUGGAUUGAAAUUAAGAAUAAAAUUCAUUCAUUUACUGUUGGUGAGAGAAAUCAUCCACAAAUAGAUGAUAAUUAUGCUAAGUUGGAUAAUUUGGUGGUAGAGUUGAAGAAGUUGAAUUGCAAGGUUGAUACCAAUAAUGACCUGCACGACGUGGAAGAGAGCAGGAAACAUAUGCUUUUGGGGCACCACAGUGAGAAGCUUGCCAUUACCUUUGGAUUGGUGUGUUUGCCUACUGAGAUACCAAUAAGAAUUAUAAAAAAUCUCAGAAUUUGUGGUGAUUGCCACACUUUUAUGAAACUUGUAUCCAAGUUUGCAAGCAGGGAGAUUAUUGUUCGAGAUACAAACCGUUUUCACCACUUUAAGGAUGGAUUAUGUUCUUGUGGAGAGUUUCGGUGA